UCCGGUUUCUAAUGUAUAAGUGCAGCGUUAAGAAUGAUCGUGCGAAAUUGUGCGUUUGUUUACAGUAGGUUUACAGGUGAUUUUCUACGACGGUUCACACUCAGCACUCAGCAAAGUAUGGGAAGUUUAAAGAAGGAAACCCAGUCGAUUCAUUCUCACAACGUUGAGGAAGUUCAUAACAUCCCCAUGGAUGUGAUUAUUCGACCCCUUCCUCCAGUGUUAGAUGAAGAGAAAGUUCAGGGUCUCAUGGACACUAUAAAAGACACUCCAGACAUCAGUGUUGUCCCCCCAAUAGAUGUGUUGUGGAUCAUAGGAGAAAAGGGAGGCAAUUAUUACUACUCAUUUGGGGGCUGCCAUAGAUUUGCUGCUUACCAGAGACUACAGAUGAAAUUCAUCCCGGCCAAGAUCAUCAAAUCCAAUAUUUCUGACCUGCGCACAUAUUUGGGAGCUUCAACACCCAAUUUACAGUGACUGAAACUACCAAGGUGUAGGGGACUUGAUUACCAAAUGAUUCCAAAACUGUUUCUCUAUUUGUUUCUUUAUUUAAUGGCAAUGAGUACACUGUGAGACAAAUUUUACUAAUGGUGCUGCAUUUUUAUAUCAAAUCUGCAAAAGAUUUGAGCAGGAAAACUUGAAAAAUUUAAACCAAUUUGACUAGCUGUUAAUAAAAAAAACCUUUUCAGUGGAUGUGCAGUACUGUGCACAUGCAAAUAAUUCCUGUAGUGCAUGAAACAGCUAUCUUCAACAACAACAAAAAAGUUUCCACAUUCAAAAAUCACCAUUAAAAAACAGUAAACAUUAAAUUAUUAAACAAAUGCAAUAAUUGGUGUAAUAUUUAAUUUAUGCCUAAAAUAUGGUCUACAGAUAUUUUUCUCUCAGAUGAUUUUUAUUUUUAUAUAUUUUUUAACUUACAUACUGAUGAUGAAAACAAGAUGUACUGACUUAAUAAUCUAAUAUAUAAAACUUUAAUUCUGUUUGACUGGUUGAACAGAUCUGUCAGUAUGGUAAUCGUUGCACAUAACGUCAACUUUUAUGUCAUACUGUGAGGUAAUAAUAUUUCAUUACCAGAUAAUCAUGAUACGGUUCCGUGUUUAAACAGGCAGUUCCGGAACGUGUGUUACAGGCGGUCCUCACUGAAAGUAACAGUAGUGACCAUAAUCAAUUUUUAUGUCAUACCUUAUGGAAAGGGGGAAUAAAUGUCAACCCAGAGAUAAACCAUAUAAUAACACGGAUAAACGUCCAGUGAAGUCAUAAAACAAAAAUAUAUAGCAUAAAAUAACUUUGUAAAUUAACUACAAGGUGCCUAGGACUUGCACACUGUUACUGUAUAUGUAAAAACAUGCAAAAAAAAUCAUAUAUAUAUAUAUAUAUAUAUAUAUAUAUAUAUAUAUAUAUAUUUUUGUAAACAAACAUAGUCAAAAUGGAGUACUCCAGCAUUUUUUUUCAACUUAAGCUCUAUCUAACUAUCCAUUGGUAUUAUAUUGUGUGAAUAUUGCAAUCACCACACAUUUUCCCAAAAUGGGAAAAGAGCAGAACAACUAUUUUACAAAAAAAAAAACAAAUAGUCAUAAUGCUCUUGGUUAAAGUUUGGAAUAAAGAUCUUAUAAUCAUCCCUAAGAGAAAGUUCUAUCAAUGCUGUACUUGAGUUGUUUCGUACUAUUAUUAGAAUUUGCCUAUUGAUAACCAUAAUUAACUUAUUUGGGGGAAAAAAGAGAAAAUCACUUUAAAGGAAGUAAGGAAUUUUAUUUUUUAUUUUUUUUAUAAUAGUUGUUGCAGUUUUGUUGCAGUUUUAUUGGGGGUAAAUGCAUAUACAAUGCAGCUGUAGUACCGACCUUCACCACCAGAUGGUAAUGUUGUUUUUAUUAAACGAAGCUUCAUUUCGUUACAGCUUAUUGGCAGUAUUACAAAUAUUUGCAUCAUAUUAAAAUUCAAAAAAUAUUUGCUUAUAUGUGUAAAUAUAGUUUAAUAGGAAAUU